AGAUACCAAAGAGCGCCUGGGCGGUGAGUCGCCUGUCAAGCGAGCUGAACAGUGGACGCUGCUGACAGGACGCAGCGCCUGAUCCCCCUAAUCCGAAUUCCCUGAGCCGACGGGCCGACCCGUAUCAGCACUUUGAACAUUGUGAGUGGACGGUUCCCCCCGCUAUUCCGAUAUGGGUUCCUUAUGAAGCUUGAAGUCGCUAUCCAACGGAAUCAAACAGUGUCCUCCUUCCUUCCACCGCUAUGCUCACCGUCCGACGUGUCGCCUGUUCUGCUAAAUGGUCUCGUCUCGCCAGCACCUCCGCACCUGGAGAUAAGUAUAAAGUCAUCGUAGUUGGCGCUGGUAGCGCUGGCUUAUCUGUCGCCAAUCAGGUGUACAAUCGCUUCAAAUCUGCUGGAAAACCACUGAACAGCGGAGACGUUGCCGUUAUUGAUGCUGCAGAGUUCCAUUAUUAUCAAGCUCUGGUCUCAAACAAAAAACCGAAGUUCCGCCGACCAAUGGCAUCCCUGAUUCCCAAACAUUUGACCCAUGUCAACGAAAAUGUCAAGUCCUUUUCUCCCGAAUCCUCUUCGGUAACGACGGCAUCUGGGCGCAGUCUCACUUAUGAGACGCUCGUGGUUGCGACGGGCCUCCAGAUUAACUGGAGUGGCAUCCAAGGACUUCCCCAGGCACUCUCUGAUUCGACAUCCGGCGUCUCAUCUAUCUAUUCGUAUGAUACUUGCGACAAAGUCUGGGCAGACAUUGAAUCCAUUCGGUCUGGUAAUGCCGUAUUCACGCAGCCUGCUGGGGUUGUCAAGUGCGCCGGAGCUCCUCAAAAAAUCAUGUGGAUGGCCUGGGAUAGGUUCAGAAAAACCGGUAGGAGGGAGAACAUCAAGAUUGAUUUCUACACUGGGAUGCCCACCAUGUUCAGUGUCAAGAAGUACUCGGAUGCUCUAAAUGCCCUUCGCGUUGAACGUGGCGUCGGCGGUCACUUCCAACACAACCUUGUCGCGAUUGACUCUGCCAACCACAAAGCCACUUUUGCCAAGACUGACGGAUCAAAAGUCGAUGUGGACUACACCAUGUUGCACGUUACACCUCCGAUGGGUCCCUUGGAUUUUCUCAAGGGCUCGCCCAUUGCUGACAGCGCAGGAUGGGUCACCGUCGAUCAAGGUACUCUGCAGCACACGAAGCCAGAGUACGCCAACAUCUUUGCUCUGGGAGACUGCUCAUCCUUGCCCACGUCUAAAACUGCUGCGGCGAUCACCGGACAAGCUCCCGUCCUGACCGAAAAUCUCUUCUCUUUCAUGGACACAGGCAAGAUUAGCAACGCAAGAUAUGAUGGCUACACCAGCUGUCCGCUUUUGACCGGAUACGGUGAACUAAUGCUCGCCGAAUUCAAAUACGGGCUUGAACCGAGUGAGACAUUCUCGUCCUUCGAUAUUUUCCCCGCCACUUAUUGGCAGUUCAUGGUAGGUGGUUGUCUCUUCUCAUGGAUGUCUCCUCAAUCUAUGUCUUUCUUCAGGUUCACGGGCAGUGGUUUGGUACCAGAGGGAUCUUCAGGCCCCGCUUCUAAAAUGUAGCGUAAUUUGGUAGACGAUGUCAUUUCAAGUUCGUGGGAAUACAUAGAUUACUAAUGUUGGCCUUUCUGGGG